UGCUUAAGAUUUCCUUAUGCUACAAUUAGCUUGGUGUUGAAAGAAUUUGUGAAGUGCAUGUCCCAUGUAUCGUGUAUAUUGAUGUUUGAUGCGAUCGGAUUAGUAACAAAGAGUUUUUCCGCAGCUUGAAUCCAGCAAUCCAUAAAUUAGCUUCAGUUACCUUCAUCAGAAAACUUCUCUAGAUAUUUAGGAGCAAUUAGCUGAACUAAGAGGUAUUCAUAGAAUCGAAAACGUUCGAGUAUGUUGUUUUUAAUGCUAGCAUCGUUAAGAACGUGAUGGACAUUGUUUCCGUUGAAUUGACACGAAAUUAUUCAAAAAUCGUCAAUCCCUACGAAAAAGUCACGAGGAAGUAUUAACGGAAUACUUUUAGAAAAGGAAUACCUCUCAACUGUUUUUUUUUUUCUCUUCAUGCGUUUGAAUCUCCACUGCAGGGAAGAAGUUGAAAAACUUAUGAUUUGAAUAUUCUGAGUGCCUUAGCGACCCUCUUUCAUCGUGGAACUGAAUACAAUAUAUCAUAACAUUUCUGACCUAAACAAAUUGAUGGUGAAACAAUAUGAUGGCAAGUCUUCUAUUCAGUGUAGUUAAUGAUUUUUCCUCUUACUUUUCUUACGUGGCAAAUAAUAAUUGUUAUUGAGCAAGUACGUCAAACUGGCCGAGCGGUUGAGACUGUUGAGUGUGUUUUGAUCUAUCUCUUUCCAGGUCAGUUGUUUCGAAACACUUUCGUCGUUUUUGGAAUAACCGAGGUUCACUUUUGUUUUAAUGCUCACUUUCUUUGCAGUCACAUUGUUUUAUCUUCUGUUAGUGGUAUUGGUGUCAAUCGUUUAAAUAAUGACUGAAAUAUUUCCAAGAAUUUUCUUUAUGCUUUUAAGCUAUGUUCAACUUCGUUGUGUUGCGAUAAUCGGUUCCAACAUCCUCUCUCUCGGAAAGAUUGAUCUUCUUAACGCCAGAACAGUAGUGCAACACGUGACUAAUGUCGGAGGUAACAGAGAGUGCUUCCAGUAAUCAUGCAUGAAUUUUACUUACUUACUUAGCAUACUUACUUUACUAUUUUUUUGGAUUUGUCCUUACGUUCACUUUUUUCCGAAAAAGCUUUUCACUCACUAACUUAGUCAAGAUUUUCUCCUAAACAGGCCCCCCUCCGGACCUCUCUAUUUUGACUAAACAACUUGUUACCCACCAAUUACCUAUUGAUUAUUACUCAUUGAUUUCAUUGAGGUCGUACAUUAGUUAUGUCUGCAUGGUAUAUUACGCGGUUGUAGGCAAUCAGGAUAUGUUGUAUUGUUUUCAUAAUUUUGCCCGCUGCUUUUUUCACUGCUUUGUCCUUGAAGUUUCACAUUUCGAACAUCUCUUUCAGUUGUUAUUGUUUGUUUUUUUUUUAGUUGCUUUUGUCUCCUCUGCGAACGAGAACGGAGUCUGGAACGAAAUGAUGACUCUUUGGGGAAAUGGGAAGGAUUGCACUUAUUUCGAACCCAGCUCCCUCAAAUCGUCUACCCUCUGUCCAGUCCUUUCAAUGGUUCGACUUUAGCGGUGUCACAGUGUGUGGCAUUGUAGUUCUUUCACAAAUCCCGGUAGAUCCUGAAAUAAAACAAACCGUUAAAAUAACUUCAUUUACUUAUACCUCACGUUAACUCUUCGUUAACAGAGAACAUUCUUCAGUCCUCCAUGACCAAGAAAACUUAGACAUUAUUAUUUUUUUUUUGGAUACAGGAUUAAAUUCGUCUUUGCGCCUUAUUUCAUCCAGCUCACUCACUUCUAGUAUAAUAGCGCGUACGUGAUAACCGUUGAGCUAGAGCAGCCAUUGAAGCCAUUAAGAUUGUACAACCUUUGUUUCUGAGACCUGUGCUAUUGAUUUUCUUAGCGUUUCAUUGUUUUAAAGAAACCAUUGAAAACAUAAUUAACGAUCUAGAAAAUGCCGCUUUGAAUAGUUUUUGCACGCAGUGUCUUAACGCUUAACAUGCAUGUCCGAGACCUAAAAAACCAGAAGGCAUCAACUACCUAAAGAUUUGUACAAGAGGGCUUCAUAUUGGAAGCGAACACGCUUCACUGUGAAGCUUGCUGCUUUUGAAAUUUUAAGCUAAUGCAAACACCAUUGUUGGUCAGAGCGGAGAGUUAGAAAAAUAUAUGAUUAGAAAUUCGCUUCUGAACAUUCAGUAGUUUAUAGUUUCUUGAAAUUGCUUCGUAAACCAAGGCCAACUGCUAUUGAACUACACCUUGCAUGUUCCAGUAGGUUCCGAACAGGUGUUGCCUUAAAACAUCAACACGUACGAAGUAAAGAAGUGAUUUCGACAGAACAGAAGAAAGAGGCGUCACUUACAAAGGCUACAAAGAAAAAAACGUCUAAUUGUUUUUCUUUAAGCUUGUCAUUCCCGCUGGGAGAGACUGUUCAACAGUACAAACUGUAUGCAAAUGUAUGAAGCACCGUGGAAAAAAAAAAAACUUUACCGCGGUUAAUAAUUAAUCGGAACUAUUUUUAUGGUUUGUUAAAAUAAUUUUUUAAAAUUCAUGCAACCAUUUCCUUCUAUGGAAAUUUUGCGUUGUCUUAGUUCGUGCUCCGACUGUUUAUCGGUUUAUCUGUAGCAGCCAUAGAUACCACGAGUAUUGAAAUGAUGUGUUGUAUCACUCGCACGACUUUUAACCCUGACCAUUGUUCAACACUGCUCAAGUUUGACACGCUUGUAGAUCUUGUGCUUUGUGACGAAAACAAAAGCGUGCACUCAAACUCGAGAUUCUUGUAAACGGAUUGUCAUGUAAAUGUUCGUACGAGCCAAGUGUAAAAUUCACGCGUUCGGGAGACAGAGUUUGCUAAAGUUCUGCUUCGUAGCUCAUUGAGUCAUCUUCAAGAGUGAACAAUGCAGUCGUGUAUUGAGAACAGCGAGAAAGUCGACGAUCGGCAAGGCUUGAUGGCGGCCACCAAAAGAGAUGACGAAAUAUCGGCGGCUGGUGAUUCCCAGUGUGUCGUCUCUUACCCCGAUGUUACCUCGAGCAAGGAAGCCAGGACCAUCGGUCGGCUCAAACUCGCCCUGGAACUUGUCACUCUGGGGUUCCUUACAAUGACUGUUCUCUUCAUAUGGCAAAUCACACAGAAAAACUCCGCUGCUACAGAUCAGAACCCUACAGUUGAUCCAUUGAAGGAUGAGAAAUAUUUGUCUUUCAAAGCGUCUCCGUGUCCGAUUAUGAUAGAAAAAGCUACACCGCCUCGACUGUUUCCUACUGAAGUGGAGCGGUCUCUUUAUCAAGCAGAUAUCAUCUUCAAUGCCUACCAGGGUGAACAGGGUCUAGUGGGAAUGACCGGUAACGUAGUUUAUCAAGAUCAAGUAGUGUGGAGAAAGAAUUACGGUCUCAAAGACAAAAAUAACAGGAGAGACCCCCCUAAUCAGGACACCGUAUUUCGAGUUGCAAGCAUUACUAAAAUAUUUACGAGUAUAUUUGUGUUUAAACUUCUGGAAACUGGCAGCAUAGACUGUCUUGAUGAUCCUUUGGAGCAAUACGAGCCAAGAUUUCAAGUCAGAAAUCCUUUCAAUCAACAAAAAAUAACUAUCAGGCAGAUCUUGUCUCAUACCUCAGGCCUCCCCCGUGAGGUGCCAUGCGGUGAUUCGUACUCAUACAGUAAAAUUCACUUGUGUCCUGUUAACACUACGUACGUCCUUCAACAACUCAGGAACACAGAACUGAAAUCUCCUCCUGGCAGACUGCCACACUACAGCAACUUAGGCUAUGCCCUGAUUUCUCGGGUAUUAGCAGAGAAAUUUGCAAACAACGACUUCGAGGGAUGGGUGCAGAGAAAUAUCUUUGAUCAACUAGGAAUGACGAACACAGGAUUCGAUCUUGGAAGAAUGUCCUCUAACAAAGCUGUGGGCUACGAUUUCGAUGGCGAAGCUCCCUUGGUAGACUGGGACUGGGCAGCGCCGGCCAUACAGGCAUACUCCACAGCAAACGAUCUGUAUAAGCUGAUGACCAUGUUACUGGGAACUUCAAGAACAACAGUACUACAAAGAGAACUUCUUCAGCAGUUGAUGAAACCAGAUUUCAUGUAUCCAGAUGGUAAAACAGUGUUUGGGACUGGAUGGGAGAUUACAGAUGUUGGAACAUACUCUGUGGUAUCGAAAUCUGGAUUCGUUCCUGGUUAUUCUGCUGGGUUUGCCUUUGUACCAGAGUUCAAGCUAGGUGCUGUUGUCCUUGCCAGCGGUCGUGAGAUUGCCUGGAGGGUAGUACAAUCAAUCGUUGAGACAUUGGCUAAAACGAUGGAUGCAGUGUUGUUUAGCCAGCAACUCCAGAUUGAACUUCUCCCCAAUAAUGAACAGUACCUUGGUGAAUACGUAAUUGUGUCCCAGUGGAUUCCGGAAGUAAUUGUUAACAUUACCCAAGAAGACGGACUACUUCUGUUUACUCAACUCCCCGGCUCUCUCGGUUUUUCGUAUCUAAAGCCCAUUGCAGAGCACUCGUUUGAAGUCAUUUACAGAGCUGGAUUGGCAUGUAGCGUUUAUGGCCUAGGUCAGAAUCGAGAACGAGUCUUCUUCGAUCCACCGUCCUCAAAUGGAAAGAGUCCAGGCCUCAAGUUCGGUCCUUUCAUAUUCAAAAGAACGUUGCCUACGGCUAAGAGCGAUUUAAAGCCAAGAACUUCCAAUUUGAACUUAUCGCCUUCAGGCCUACUCUGACGUAAUAAUG